GAACUAGGAAAGUAGGUUUCUGCAACACUUGAACAACAACCAAAGUAACGCAAACAACCAAACAGAUAGACAAAUAUAAUCUCAAAAUCAGUGUUUAAGCAACUGUCAAUGGUCUGGAGCUGACAAAAAACGCUUAAAAAUUAAAAUAUAGCCAUUAUAAAUUCAGGGAGGUAAGAUCGGUGCCACUCAGAGGGUACAGCAUUAAUUAUGACUUCCAAUAUUGACAGACAUGGGUUGCCAAAAUCAGAAUGAUGAAAGAUAGGUAGAACUGUGCCUGGUAUCAGGGAUCAUAAUUGGUGGAACACUGUUCCUCUACAAAUAUAUCCACAAGGUAAUUUGGAAUUCCCCAGCUGGAGUUACCAGGAACAAGACUGACUAUCUGUGUUUUGGAAUGAAAUUUAGAUCUACUCUCUAGGAUGUCAGAGCAUACAGAGGAGCUAGUAUCUGAAGCGACUACAAUUUGUGUGGCAACAUUGAAGAUCUAAUUCUUCUGUACUUUCCUUCAUCUUUCUCUCGCUCCUAAUAUAUUUACAGAACCUCUUCUUACUGUUUUUUAUGUCCCUUGCUAGGUAUAACUCAUUUUGUGCCUUAGCCUUUUUUAUUUUGUUCCUACAUGAUUUUUUUUUUAUUCAUCCAUAGCAAUUUGUUCAUGUUUCCACUUUUUGUAGGAUUCCUUUUUGAUAUUCACAUCAUUAAAGAGCUCCUGAUGGAACCAUUUUGACUUCUUACUACCUUUUUAUCUUUCCUUUGCAUCGGGAUAGUUUGCUGUUUUGUCUUUAAUAUUGUCUCUUUAAUUGCCCUGCAUUCUCAUGAACUCCUUUUUCCCUUAGAUUUGCUUACCGGGAGAGGUUGCCUACUAGUUGUCUUUAGAAACCAUGUCUAGGAAAUGUCUAACUUGUAGAUACAUAUAGAAAUCCCAAAAAGGGUUGUGUGCCCUGGAAAAAGUCUCCAAAGGUCAACUGUUCUUUGGCAGCCCACGUUUUUGAAAUUAGUAUCUUUCUAACCUAGAGGGACAGUUUAUUCAGGAAGUCAUCGAGAAUUUUGGGAUGGUACCAGGGCACUUGACUGCACUUUUCAAAGUGGUGCCUCGGACAGGACAUUGUCUGAUCUCUUGAGGCAGCAAAGUGUUGUAGCCAUAAAUCAGGCUAGAAAGAAUAAAAGGAGAGUGAUCUGCUGCAUCACUGGUCUGCUGUGUGUGAGGUAUUGUUUUGAAUUUCUGUAAAAUGUAGCCAGUUCCAAAUGUGGAAUUUAGAGCUGACCAGUGAUAGAAUUUCCAGGUCGGGAGGUUACUAUCUUAUUUUGUUUUCUGUCUUUGCAGCCUCAACCAGGCCAACUGAUAAUCUGUCUCUUCUCAGGCCAUGUAAAAUUACUACAUAUUUUCUCUCUAGUUCUCUUUUAUACCCAGUAGGUAGGAGUACUGGAAAAACAUCCAUUUUUAUCAAGUAGCAUCAGCCCAACAAGACUAUUCAUUAGUUGAGAUUCUGCAUCUUUUAUUUAUUUAUUCAUUUUCUCCUUUCCAAACUAAAAUGUCCUAGUCUCUGAGGUCAUUUUGUAUUGAACACUCCCUUCCCCAGUGCCUUACCUUUUUCUUUCUGCUCUCUGCUCCUGUGGAGUUGAUGGCCAAAGCUGAGUGCUGGAUUCCUGGUGAGGACACACCCUGAUUUACAAUAAUGCCCUUAUCAGGUUUCCCCUACUACUUUGUUCCUUGACAUUGUUGCUUUUGUUACUGUUGCUGUGUGGUGAGCAGAUGCCCUUCUGUGAACUGCUCACUGUGACCUCUCGCAUUAGAGGUUGCCACCAGUUCGGAGCCCAUUAGGGAGCAUAAAGAUUUAAAAUUGUUCUUUACAAUGUGAGCCACAUUAUCACCUGCCACCAUGCUGUCCGUUUCCCUAGUGGUGUUGGUAUUGGUAUUGUACUCUGGCAGCUGCCAAGGCUGGCUUCAUAUAACUAGCUUUAAAAUUAUUGCUAGGCUGUGCAGAAUGGGACCCUCUAACUCUCCUUGUUUAGCUGGUCCUCCUUCCUCCCAGCUCUCUGGAUAACAGGACAACCCAAAGUGCAUUGCCCCACAUUCUCCUGCACUGUGUACAUGGUUCUGUGUACACUCUCCCUUGCUGAGGAAGUAUGGGAUAGAAGCCCUGACUUUCCCAGAGUCCAUUGAUGAAAAUCCAGUUAGGCACAGUCAUGAGUGCAUGGAUUAACAUGGUGACAUGGUUGUCUUGUGAAAAAAGCUGCUGCAUGGACACAACUGAACCAUGUAUGUUGUAACUGGGUCAUUUGCGAGUGUCAGCCUUGUUACACAAACAUAGAUGUAGUUACAGUGUAGAUGGUACCCAGCUGUUCUCUGUGCACUCAGUUGGUCUCACAGCCCCAUUCACUCUUCCAUGGGCUUCCUGCUUCUCAUCUAAUUAAAGAACUUAUUAUUAUUUUUCAUAGCUUGGCUACUUCUUCAUAUUUCCUCUUAGCUCCCCUCAUUCUCCAGCUUGUAACUGACCUGCCAGAGUUUGCCCCAGUCUAUUUGCCUUAUUUGGCCUGGAUUUCUUCCCUCCCCUCUCUUUUUGUAUUUGUUGUUGGCCAAAAUAAACUAUUGUACCUGUGGAUUUUUCCUUCCCUUUUUCCUUCCUUUUAUUUGUUCUGGAGGAUGGAUCCCAUCUGUGAUUUUUAAGUUAGUCUUAUGCAGCCUCCAUGCUGAUUCUGUGUUCUUUAAGUUCCUAGCAUUUUCCUUUAUCUUCACUCAUGCAAAGUUUCCCUGCUUGAAUUUCAGUGUCAGACUUGGCUGUCAGUCUGAUCCUCUGGAGAGGAUGUCGGAGCCAGUGCACAUUAUGGUCAUUGUUGAUGGCUCCACUGUCCUUCCUGCACCAACACCUGAAAAUUAUUCAGAACUAUGUUUAGAGUAGUCUCUGAUCUUGUCAGAUCCAGAACAAGAUGUUCCAAGAAACAGUCACCCAUAGUAUCAAGAAAUUGUUUCUUCAGGCCACAUCCUGAAGGGACCAUUGAUCAGUUGACCUCCUAAGUAGCUGAAGUUGCCCCUUAUCACUCUUGUAGUACUUUGUUGCCCCUGUCUGAUUUCUCUCCUCAUCCUGAUCUGCAGGUAUGUCCUUCCUACUAGAAUUAAUUUCUUUUGACCUAGGGAUUUUAUCCACAUGGAUUCUGUCUGAUGCUCCCCCUCUUGUUGGCAAUCUCUCUCAAGGAGACUGUAGAAUCCUGUGUGGGCAACACUGGUGGCUCCCCAGCCUCUGUGACCAAACCUAACUUUGCUCUGUCAUUCAUAGUCAGGAUCUGCAAUAUCCCAACCGAGUCUUACUUGUGAGCUUCAUGCACUGAGCGAGGAGCUGCUUGCCCUGCUAUGAUGCCAGGGCAGAUUCCGGAUCCAUCCCUGACAGCUGGAGCUCUACCUGGGCUUGGCCCCUUGACAGGACUCCCGGGCACCACCUUGACGGUGGAAGAGCUGAAGUACGCUGACAUCCGCAACAUUGGGGCUAUGAUCUCACCACUGCAUUUCUUGGAGGUCAAACUUGGGAAAAGACCCCAGCCUGUGAAAAGUGAGCUGGAUGAGGAAGAGGAGAGGAGGAAAAGGCGCCGUGAGAAAAACAAAGUAGCAGCAGCUCGAUGUCGCAACAAGAAGAAGGAGAGGACAGAAUUCCUGCAGCGGGAGUCCGAGCGUCUGGAGCUCAUGAAUGCCGAGCUGAAAGCCCAGAUAGAGGAGCUGAAGCAGGAGAGGCAGCAGCUGAUUCUAAUGCUGAACAGACACCGUCCCACUUGCAUUGUGCGGACAGACAGCAUCAAGACACCAGAGAGCGAAGCCAACCCACUGCUUGAACAACUAGAGAAAAAGUGAAGGUGGCACUGGCCAGGACAAGGAGGAGACAACAAAUUGGGGUCUCCAAAAAGUCGCCUAUGUACUGUAUGAAGAACUGUGCACCGAGGCCUUGUCCAGCCAGAACCCAGUGGGCUUUCUUGGGGAUUACAGGCCAACCAAAUAAGAGGAAGGAGAAGAUCAGGAACCUGCCAUUCAUCCCACUCUGAGGCUGAAGCUGGGAUGGGUCUAGCAGCUGUGGUGAGGGCAACCCCUUGCAAUACCUCUUCAUGGCCCUUCAGCCUGCUCAUCAGCCCCAGGGAUCAAGCAAGCAGCCCGUUUCAGGGCAUCCUGAAGCUGGAUCACGUUGAGAUACGGGGAGGGGAAGUUGCAGCUUCUUCUCUUCCCACACCUACUGGUAUGCACCUAGCUGGGAGUGGAGGCUUGACCCAGGAGAAAUGAACAUGUGUGGGAGAUGGAUGGCAGGCAAAGACAUGCUGGCUAUAUCUCCCAGGACUGUCCUAUCUCCGUCCCUCUGGAUCCUGCCACUGCUCCUUGCGCACACUCCGGAAUGGAAUCCGAAACAAAGAAUUGCAAACACUUGACACAAGCCCCGCCUUGCGGCUGGGCCUGUCCAUGGCACUGUGGCGCAGGCGCCCCACAAGCACACUCAGUAUAAUGUUUACAGCCCAGCUGUCCCUGUCGGCCGUGCUUUUGAAUGCACAUUUUUACACUUUUUUAUAUUUUUUACAAAGUUUUUAUACAGCUGUCUCUAUAUGGAUUUAUAUAAUCACUAGACGUGAUCCCAUAGAAAUGUAUGAUAUAAUGGCCCGUUUGUUACAAAUGCAUAUGCCACAGUUAUCUCAUUGUGUUACUUGUUAGGUGGUGUCUGGCUCCUUUCCCCUCGGCAUGCUGGAAAAGGGGCCCAUGCAGCCCUCCACACUGGCUCCGCUACCAUCUCCAUCCAUGUACGUUUUUCGUAAUACGCAGUCCUGUAUCUCUCAGUAAAUGUUACUUUGACUUAUU